CUUCGGGUAGGAUGUGCGAACUGGAGGGCGGAAACUUUGGAGGAAGAAGAAGGGAAGAAGCGAGCGGGCCGGAGAGAGAGUCGGUGGGAUUUCUUGCGCCGGUGGAAAAUCUCAGCGGGAGAACAGAACCGAAGUGAAGGAAAAAAGUGGCGGGAGAAGAGAAAAGGCGUGUAAGAAACGACGAAGCAACGAACAGAGUAGCCAGCGGGCAGGCGAAUCCCACCACAGCGGCUCUGCAUCUUCACGCCUCGUCGCUUCCCACGCGAGUCAAGUGAGCGGUGGCGCGCCAGUUCGAGCGGAAAUGGAGCUGCUUGGGAAGCCCCUCGGCUGCGCUGUGGCGCUCGUCUUAUCUCUCGGGGGCUGCUUCAGUCUGGUCUCCCCCCACUCGGGUCCAGGUCGUUCGGGCGCCAGAAACAAAAACUGGUGUGCCUACAUAGUGAACAAGAAUGUGAGCUGCUCUGUGCUGGAUGGCGCUGAAAGUUUUGUUCAAGUUCAGUAUGUAUGUCUUUGGAACCAGGAACCCUGCCCACAUGCUCCUGUGUAUCGAACAAGUUUGAGGCCUAAAUAUACUUUAACCUACAAGAUGGUAACCGAAUUAGAGUGGAGAUGUUGUCCUGGAUACAUGGGUGUAGAUUGCAAAGAGGCUGUAGCAGAAAAGCCAAGAUCAAUAGCUUAUCCAGCAGAACUUCCACCCAAUGAUAUGAAGCCAAGCUUGGAUUCUAGACCAAAACAAAAACAAGAAGAUUUACAAGAUAAAAAAAUACAGUUUUUGGAGGAUGAAUUAUUCCGGCUUACACAGACUGUGCUAGAACUUCAGUCCUCUAUAAUAAGUGCGGAUAAAAAUCCAAAAGUUACUGGGCAAGAAACUGCAAGUCAGAGAGUAAUAUCUUGGUUGAAUAAUCUUCAUGACCAUCCAGGGUUGGACAGUACUUUGGAGGGAAAAACAGAGAAUACCUAUCCAUUGAACACUAAUGACUCAUACAAAUCUGGAACAGAAAUCCUAACAUCUGAAGAAGAUGAAAUAAAGGAUGACCUGAAAGCCAAAAUAAAUAGGUUGGAACAACUGAAUGGGAAAGAAAAUGGCUAUGAAGGACAAUUAAAACAGCUCCAAGAAGCAGCCCAAGGACCAAUAAUAACAAUGCCCAACAAUCAGUUGUAUCAGGAAUAUAUAGACGCCAAAUUUGAAGCCCUGAGACAGGAAAUGUUGAAAGAAUUUGAGAAGAAAAUGGCAGAUCUGAAAAAUUCCUGUGAAUACAAGCUGAUAGGUAUACAACAACACUGUGAUAAUUAUGAGGCCAAUUUCUUGGGACUAAGAGAAUCUGUUGCAGAAAAAGAAAAUGACCUAAGAAAACAAAUUCAAAAUCUACAGAAUGUUAUCAAAGCACCAUUAAACCAACCAUGCUGCAGUGAUGCUAAAAGCGAUGACAUUAGAGAACAGAUGAACACUUUGGAUAAAAAGAUAGAGAAAAUUGCAGAAGCAAAUAAAAUUUUAAAUGCCAGGAUAGAUAAUGAAAUAAAACAUAUUUCCAUUCCAUAUGCAGAAGACAACUUUGAUGAAAAAUGGGAGGAAAUAGAAGCAAGGAUUAAUGUUACAGAGAAAAAUGCUGAAGAACACUGCUUUUACAUUGAGGAAACUCUUCGUAAUGUUAUAGCUACUAAAGUAGACGAAGUAAGGGACUUAUUUGACAAAAAGUUCCAAGCAAUAGAAAGAAGACUAGGUUCUACUAUUCUAGAUAUUGCUAAUGUUACCGGUCCAGAUGAUAUAUAUACUACUCAAGGAUCAAGACUGCGGAAUAAUUCAGAAUCUGAAAAUAAGCAUAUUGUAUUGGAGAUUAAUCUUAUGAAGAACAAAUUACAACACACUGAAGAUUUUUGCCAGUCUUUAUCAAAGUAUUUGGAAAGUCUUCAGAAAGGAAUAGAAAACACUAACAGUAAAUAUGAUCGAUUAUUUUUGAAAACAAAAGACAAUUCUGAUAUUUUAAAAUCUUUCAAUAGCUCUUUCAGUGAAAAGUUCAAUUUAAUUAAAGGCACUCAGCGUGACAUUCAUAAACUUCAUAGGGAUCUGCGAAUAGUUCGGUUUGGUCUGAAUGCUAUUGAUAAAGAUGUAAAACUCCUUCAGAAUGACUUAAACAGCUGUAAAGAUGAACUUUUAGGUGUUAAUUCUACAUAUGGGAAGAUACAGCUUGAGUUGUUCAGAAAAACAGAUGAAAUACAGAAAACGAUGAACAAUCAAACAAUUAAUCAAAACAAUCAUUGUUGCAAUCACUUAAGCAAAAAGAUAAAUCAAUUGAAUGGGGAAGAUUUUUUUAACUUGACCAAAUGUAGGGAUAAAUUACCUGGCAUCUCAGACUUGGAAGAUAAAGUAUCAAAUGUUGAGAAAACUUGCAAUAAAUUAGAUUCUGUCUCUAGCAGUCUUCAAAGGAUAAAGGAAGGAUUAAAUAAACACAUAUCCAGUCUUUGGAAUUGUUUCAAUCAGAUGAACAUAACUGUAACAUCUCAUUCAAAAGAUAUUUUUAGCCUCAAAAAUUUUACCCAGCAGUUCAAUAGCCAGUUCUACAAAUUUACCAUUGACCUACAGGACCUGAAGAAAAUUCAGCCUCCCAUAUAUGAAAAGCCAUCAGUGCUGCUACCAAAGGAAGUGCAAGGAGAAAUUCCUCAGCCACAAUCAGACCCAAGAAAACCAUUACAGUCAUCUCAGCCAGACAAAUUUCCAGCGCCAACACAGCCAAGGAUUCCUGUACAGUCACAAACAGAGGUGCAUCUGAAACUAUCACAACCCCAAAGAUCAGUACAAAUUCCAGAAUUAAGAAUACCUCUGCAACCAUUGCGUCCACAAAUAAUCAUACAGCCCCCCUUGCAAGGAAUACCUCUUCGGCCAUCCGAUUCCAGAAUUCCAAUGCAGCCAUCAAAACCAGGGUUCUCUUCUUUGCCUGGAUCAGGUGGAUUAUUGAUGGAAGCUGGACAGGCAGGCCCUCCUGGUACACGUCUAAGGUCAAGAAAAGGACUGCCUAAAAGAAUAAAUGGGCAGGAUGGCCACAAUAACAUGCUUAUAGCUGAAGGAUAUGCAGGUGCACCAGGUUAUCCAAACCCACCAAAAUCUCCAUCUCCACAAGUAGGAGCUUUUACUUCUUUGGUAUCUUUCUCUGCUGGCCUCACAAAGAAGCCUUUCCCUGAAGAUGUGGGUGUGAUACGUUUUAACAAAGUCCUUGUAAAUGAUGGAAAUUAUUAUAACCCUAACACAGGUGUUUUUACAUCUCCAUAUGAAGGUCGUUAUCUGAUCACAUCUGUUCUAGUGCCUGAGAGAGGUGAAUAUAUUGAAGCGAUGUUGUCGGUCUCCAAUUCAAGUGUUGCUCAGCUUCACACAGCUGGCUAUAAGAAAGACCUACCUGAAUAUCGCAAGCCGAGAUCAGGAAAACGGAUUUGUGGUGGAACUGGGGCUUUUCAUCUUGUUCUUCAUCUCAAAACAGGUGCAGAAGUAAGCGUUGUAGUUACUGGGGGCAGGUUAGCCUAUACAGACUCUGAUGAAAUAUAUUCUACAUUCAGUGGAGUAUUUCUAUAUCCUGAAAUUUCUUAGACCUGAGCAGAAAACAGAUAAAUUGAAUCUGAAGGAAAUAAUGAAUUGAUAAGUGUUAAUAUUCCUCUUUCCAUUUUUCUCCAUUUCAGUAAUUUGGCUCCUAUAUGAAUCUAUUUUCCUUCUCCUGUUUGUUUUAUUUAUAGAGUAUGGUUAUUUAUGUAUAGACCCAAUUUGGUGUAGUAGUUGAGACAUCAGGCUAGAAAGCAGGAGACCAUGAGUUCUUCUCCUGCCUUAAACAUAAAGCCAACUGGAUGACUUUCGGCCAGUCAUUUUCUCCCAGUCUAGGAAAUGGCGAAACACUUCUGAAAAAUCUUGCCAAGAAAACUGCAGAGACAUAUCCAGGCAAUUUCUGAGAACUGGACACAACUGAAUGUAAGAAAAGAAAUAUGCAUACGAAGAGAAGCUAUAACUUAGUCACAUUACAAAAUAUUCAAAAUACAUAUUUUGCAACAUUUGCUAGUAUCUGAGAGAGCUAUGAUGAUAAUAUAAUGGAACUUUAUUCAGAUUUCUAUAUACAACUGUUCUUAUGAAACAAUAUCUUUGAUAUCUUUUUAUUGUCUCUAGCAACUCUUUCUCAUACAUUAUUUUUAUUAGCUUCCUUUAGCUACUGGGAGUUUACACCAGUAGUAUAGAUCACAGGGAUACUUUGCAUAUGAUUUAAAAGGGACUUCAUUCCCAAACAGAUUUCAUGACACUUGGCUAUAUCACAAAAUCUGAAAAUCUAGUGAAGGGCACCCAUCACUGUCUUCCAAAAUUAAAAAUGGUUGAGAUUUUGAGUGAUAGCCACAUUUCACGAAAUCUUUAUGUAUGCACUUGAAUUCUCAUGAAGAUUUGGUCAUUUGCGUUUUAAGAAAUGCAAGCAUUCUGUUGCUUGAAGGCUGCUUAUCUCAUUCAAGGAUGGGAGCUUCAUUUCUAUUCCAAGGACACUUCAUCUUGGAUGAUCUGUCAUGGUCCAUACCCAAUGCUGAACGCAGCAAGAGCUAGAACUGCAGAAGGCUGUCUUUUUUUCCUACCUCUUAUUCUCUUUUUUAAUGUAUUUUGUCAGAAAGUGAACAGAAUACUUCCAGAUGGCUUUUAAAAUACAGCUUACACCCAUUUUUCUAUUCCUGAGUUAGCUAUUGAGAUCAUUGCAACAACUAUGUAAUGAGUUGUAUUGUCCCUCAUGUGAGGCUAAAAUUGAGAAGUUGGCAUGCGUGACUGCAUAAAUCAUACAAUUUGUAAACUAUAGUUUAUAGCUUUGUAAUAGGAAAACAGUCAUUAUAAAUUAUGGCAUGUGGCUUAGUAGCUUGUCUGACUCUGCUCAGUUGUGCCUUAUUUAACACACAAUAUUAAAAGAACACAAUUUUGAAUCUAAUAUAUUUAUUGCCUAUAUCUAGUUUGUGUAACACAAAAGAUUAAAAUUAAGAAUUUCAUUCUUCAUAGCUGUCUCAUCUCUAUAAUACUGUUAAUUUCUACAUAAUUAUUUUAAUUUUUCAAAAUUCUCAUUUCUUGUCAGUUUUCUACCAAUUCUAUAUUAUUUGAAUCCAUUUUUUUAAAAAAUGUAUCCAAUAUUUGCAUCAGCUUAUAACAAAUGUUUUCUUUUUCCCAGGACUUCUUUAUUUAGCAUUUUAAUAAUUUACAAGCUCACAAGAGAACACAAAACUGUAUUAUUCAUUCAUAAGAAGUACUUUUAGAGCAGACUAUGCUAAUAGCAGCCUGCCAAAUAAUACUUUUUUUCUUCUACUUUGUAAGUUACAAAUGAUGCUAAGAGCUAUUCUCAUUAAUCUUCCCUGUUGAGGUCUCAGAAAUAGUUAUGUCCUUCAUUGUUCCAUGAGCUAUCCCUGAAGAAUUGUUUCUAAGCAACAUAAAGCAAACUUCCUCCUGAAAGAUGAGCUCAUUUUUAAAUUGAUACAUAUGCAGAAAAAUGUUUUCUAUCCUCAAAACUAGAAACAUUCUUAUUUUCUUCAGAAUUUUAUGAAAACAUGUAAGUACUAAAUUGUUCAUUUUUUGCAGUUCACUCAAAUCGAGUAAAAUUAUCACACCAUAAUCAAUAAGUGAUUGCUUUCUGUUUUACCAUUUCACCUGGAUCUACUUGAAUACAAAGCUGGUAAUUUUAAUUUCUAAAAAAAGUAAUCUAUUCAGAUUUAUUUAAAAAUAAUACAAUGCUGUCAGACAAUCAUAGGGGCCUAAGAGGGCCAUAGCGCUAUACAUUUUAGAAAGAUUUUUAUUACAAUUAAUCAUUGUGAACAGCUGCUUUGUUUCUUUAACAUUUGAAGUUAAAAAGCAGCUUUUAGAAUUAGAAAAACUCUCUUCUGGGAGUUACUUCUCACAUUUAGAAACAAUAUUAUAUUUCAAGCAUUUUAGGACUAGUUAAUAAAACUCAAAAGUGUAUUAUUUGUCCAGGCUCCUAAUGUAUCAUUGCUUUCAAUAGAAGGGCCUAUAACUUCCUAUAGAAGGGAUGGCAGAACCUGGGGUAGAGUGAAAAGGGUGAUCAGCCUAGAAUCCCUACACAGCCACAAGAAAACUACAUCCAAUCCUUGAGUGCUGUUGAUCCUUAUCUAACUAAACAAGUGUUAACCCUUAGUUGACAAGAUUCCUGUGCACAGACUUUUUGCACUAAAUCAGUUUAAUUGAACCUUCAUGUGUGGACUUGGUCUUUCAUGCCUGAUAUAUUGUUAUUCACAACAUUCUGUAUGUAAUUUUCAGAUUUGGUUUUGCAUGAAUGUUUUCAAAUUUUAUAAGCUAUUUCAGCAAAAUGUGAAUGUAUCCAUUUGUGCUUGGUCUUCCACAAAAUUAAUUUUGCAAAUGGUUGUUCAGUUGUUCCUUUAGCAUGAGUGUAUUCAAAAGUAGAGCAAUGUUUAAGUAUCAAGUGUUUAUUUUCAAUUGGAAAUUUGCUGCAGUAUACAGUAUACUUUAAUGAAGAAAUAGUUCCCAUAUCUUUUUCACCAUCCAACUUUGUCAAGUCCAGUCACUUUACCUUUUUUCUCCAAUAAUUGGUUUCAUCUUUGUUUAUCUUCAUAUUUUAUGGGAUUUAUGCAGUUCACAUUUCAUAUUUCUAGGAAAUGUCAAAGGCAAAUCACUUUAUAUGUUUUCACCAUAGUUUUCAAACAUUUGCAUAUAAUAGCUGAAUUCUUACUGAUGCUUGUUGGACUCAGUUAAAAACAUUCUAAAUAUUUAUUGCAUAUGCAAUAAAACAUUCAAGUGGAAGAACA